AAAAGCUUUCGGUUUUAACGUCUGUAAUUCUGUAGCAUCGUAUCACCCUCGCCGGACGUACGCAAGAAGUUAUCCAAACAACAGCGUGCAUUUUUACAACAGUUGAUUUUACGGAAGAUGGAGUCGAAAGGCCGUCGUGUUGUUCAACAGUUACCGGAUGACUUAACUAAUAUUGAAUUCGAAACGAGUGAAGAUGUUAAUGUUAUUCCCACAUUUGACAGCAUGGGUCUUCGCGAGGACUUGCUGAGAGGGAUUUACGCCUAUGGUUUUGAAAAACCAUCUGCAAUUCAGCAAAGAGCAAUUGCACCAGUCGUAAAGGGCAGAGAUGUCAUCGCUCAGGCCCAAUCUGGUACCGGCAAAACAGCUACCUUUUCAAUUUCCAUCCUGCAAGCUCUUGAUAUUCAAACAAGGGAAACUCAAGUUUUGGUUCUAAGCCCUACUAGAGAAUUGGCUGUUCAAAUUCAAAAAGUUAUUUUGGCCCUUGGUGACUACAUGAAUGUUCAAUGCCAUGCCUGCAUUGGUGGUACAAAUGUUGGAGAAGAUGUUCGCAAAUUAGACUAUGGUCAGCACAUUGUUUCUGGCACUCCUGGUCGUGUAUUUGAUAUGAUCCGCCGACGUACUCUAAGGACGCGCUCGAUUAAGAUGUUGGUCUUGGACGAAGCUGAUGAGAUGUUGAACAAGGGAUUUAAGGAACAAAUUUACGAUGUUUAUCGUUAUCUGCCUCCAGCAACUCAAGUUGUCCUUCUUUCCGCCACUUUGCCACAUGAAAUUUUGGAGAUGACAAGCAAAUUCAUGACGGAUCCCAUUCGCAUUUUAGUCAAACGCGAUGAAUUGACUCUUGAAGGAAUUAAACAAUUUUUCGUUGCUGUUGAACGAGAAGAAUGGAAGUUUGACACCCUUUGUGAUUUGUACGACACCCUCACCAUUACGCAGGCAGUUAUCUUUUGCAACACUAAACGCAAAGUUGACUGGUUAACGGAGAAAAUGCGUGAGGCGAAUUUUACGGUGUCUUCUAUGCAUGGGGACAUGCCUCAAAAAGAACGUGAUACUAUCAUGAAAGAGUUUCGCAACGGCCAAAGCCGUGUUCUUAUCACAACUGACGUUUGGGCUCGUGGUAUUGAUGUCCAACAGGUUUCUUUGGUCAUCAACUACGAUCUUCCGAAUAAUCGUGAGUUGUAUAUUCAUCGUAUCGGUCGUUCUGGUCGGUUCGGACGAAAAGGUGUAGCCAUCAAUUUUGUCAAGAAUGACGAUAUUCGUAUUCUUCGCGAUAUCGAACAGUACUACGCCACACAAGUAGACGAAAUGCCGAUGAACGUGGCUGACCUCAUUUAAACUAUCAAUCCAUUUCGGAAGCGGAUAACAAAGAAGUUGUACGUCAUGUUUUAUUUUGCUGGAUUUUUUUUUCUGUAUCCCCGAAGAUUUGGACACAAUAUAUGAAAACUUGUGGUCGUUUAAGCCAA